AGGAUUUCAGGUAUUCAGACAUGAAACUUUGUGGCACAAUUUCAGUCCUCUUGGCGGCCGCCUUCACCAACCAUGUCUGCUCGAAGCAGCUGUUCACCAACAUGGAAACGUUCGAUUUCGAGAGCAACGAAAUCGUGGAGCAAACCGACGACGAAGGGCUCAGAUCGAACCGAUCAAACGUGGAGCGUAUCAACCUGACACUUCCGGGUACCAAGUGGUGCGGUCCGGGAAAUGUGGCCGAUGACUACGAUGAUCUGGGCAAGCACGAGGACGAGGACAAGUGCUGCCGGGAGCACGAUCACUGUGAUAACAUUGCAUCCAGAGAGGAGAAGUACGGGCUGAAGAACGACGAUUAUUUCACAAGACUUCACUGUAAGUGCGACCGGGACUUUCAACAGUGCUUGAAAAAGAUCAACACCACUCUAUCAAAUCGGCUGGGAAGCUUCUACUUUGCGGUACGAGACAAGUGCUACAAGAAACAGCAUCCAAUUGUGGAAUGUGGCGAGAAAAAGAACAUGUUGUUUUUGAGACGUUGCACUCGGUAUGUCCUGGACAGUUCCAAGGAUCGUCAAUGGCAGUGGUUCGAUUUGCCCUUCUAUGAUGACAAUAUGAUUAAUGAUUUCUAUUAACUAUUCGAUAGUGUUAUUU